AUGGACAUCUUCUUUAGAAGAAUAGAACAUGGCGGAGCUAGCCAUUCACCGAUUGAAGAAGGAAAAACACCAAAGCGUAGCACAACUCUGGCUGUUUUGGGGUGUGGUAGGGAACCUUCCACAAUAAUCUCCCAUCUUCUUGGGAACUAAAAUGGGAAAAUAGGAAAUCUUGGAACAUCACUCCUCUGUGGAAUUCUAGCAACCCUCAAAGAUCGACCAAAUGAGACCUCAAGCCUUCCAAGCUUCGCAAGUCUCCCAAGCUCCUCGAGCCAUGAGAUAGACAAUGAGACAGCUAGUUUUACGCCCCCCACCAACUUCGCAGCCUACGUUCGCACCACUGCUUCAGCAUCUCGCUUACAGACAGCUCUCGCCCCUUUCCCAACCCACGUCCGAAUCUAUACGGAUCUCGAGAAUCUGCAUAAGGCAGAUAUAAUCAUUCUGGCUUGCCAACGGGCUGAUUUGCAAACAUGCCUCGGCAACUCAGAAGUUAGAGCUGCACUUGCGGGCAAGACCCUCAUUUCCCUCCUUCCCGGUGCUACUAUUCAUACACUAUCCUCUAUGCUUGCAGCACCAGAUGAUACGAGCCAACAGCCAAGCACAAUCAUUCGAGCAAUGGCCAAUAUAUCGUCCUCGGUUCGACAGUCAAUGACGAUCAUUGAAGCACCGUCUUCUACACCGGCUCCUAUUUUAAAGACCGUUGAUUGGCUAUUCACCUCCAUCGGUACUGUCAAGCACUUGUCAGGCCACAAUUUUGAUCCAGCCACAUCUCUUUGUGCCUCCACUCCCGCCUUCUUUGCUCUCGUUGUAGAGGCUUUGACUGAUGCUGCUGUUUCGGCUGAGUUGGCCAGAGAAGAUGCUCAGAUCAUGGCUGCGCAAGCAAUGAAAGGCUGUGCGGAGUUGAUUAUGGCGGGCCAGCAUCCGGCUCUUGUUAGAGAUGAAAUUAGUACACCUGGCGGAUCUACUAUCAGAGGCUUGUUGAGGUUGGAAAAGGGUGGUGUGAGGAGUAAUCUUGCGGAGGCCUUCUUCGAGUGUGUGAAGGCUGUUGACAAUCUGGGGAAGAAGUAA